AUGCCUGCCCGCACUAUUGUGGACAGAGAACAACUAUCAACUCUUAUACCGCGCAUAUUUGACCAGGCUCAGAACACCGCUGCCAACCACCAGAAGAACCUCGUUGCUCUCCACAAACUCCAUGCUCAGGCCGCAACAAUCACCAAGCAGGUCGGCGAUGGCGCGAGCAUGAAGCUUACAGGAGAGAAGAUGUUCGAAGACGUGUUUGAGGACAUGGCCUUGCGAGUGGUGGUGGUCAAGAAGGGAACGUCACAGGUCGACAAAAUUGUCAAGUUCAUCGGGAUGUAUGUCAAGUUCAUCAACGACAAGGCCGCGGAGGUCAAGAAGAAGGACGACGAAGAUGAAGAUCAUUCGACUGCAGGCCGGUUCUUCAACAAGUUGUUCAGAUACUUGCUCAAGGGGCUGACGGCCAAAGACAAGAUCGCCCGGUUUCGUUGCAUCGACAUUCUUAACGAGCGUGUUUCGCAUAUUGGCGAACUUGAUGAGGAUUUGUACGUUACACUCCGAUCUGCACUACUCGACCGGAUACGAGACAGGGAGACGAUGGUCCGCGUUCGGGCUGUCCAAGCGAUCACGAAACCCUUUGGAAACGAGUCACCGGACGACAGGUCUUGCUUAACACUCAUGCUCGAGACCCUUCUAGGUAACGAAGUUCGAUGCUGCACACUCAUGAAUAUACCACUUUCUCCUUUCACUCUUCCUGGCGUGCUUGGACGCACACGCGAUACGGAAGACACGAUACGCACGGAAGACACGAUACGCACUGUAGUCUACAACAUUAUUCUCGCGAACAACAUCACCGUCGCCGGCCAGGAACGAGUUGCAGAUGGAGAGAUCAACGAUGCUCCACAACCUAUGGGCCCAACGCACCCACGUGUGCUAUCCAUUGCCCAGCGAGAACUUGUGAUACAAAAUGGCCUCGGCGACCGAAACGCCAGCGUGCGUAAAGCGGCUGCAGCAUUACUUGGGAAGUGGGUUGAUAACGUUUCAAUCGAGCCUAAAGGCGAACCCGAGGACGAGGAGCUGCCCCCAGCCGGUAGCGAGGAAGCGAGAGCAAGGGAGAAAGAGAAAGAAAAGGAGGAGGUACGGGACCGGCUCAUAGCGCUCCUAAGGAUGUUCGACCUUGUGGAGAACAAAGUCGCGGAGAACGCGCUGCUGAGUAUCUUUGCCACGCGUUUGGACGUCUUUGACAAGCUUGAGUUCAAAAAACCGUACUGGCUCACCCUUACUCCCGAGAAAACCUUCCUCACGCGCGUAUUUGUCGACCAUUGCAUCGCGAUCAAGGACGAGGCGCAUCUGGACGCGGCGAUUCCUGUCGUCAUGUUCCUCGCGCUUCGUAUCCAGAAAACGUACAGCGACCUCAUCAAAGACCUUAUCGGAGCUCAAGACGAAGAUCAUCUCGGAAACGCGCUUAACGAAGAUGCGCAGGCGCGUCGGGAGGAGAAGCAGAUGGACGCGGAGUUUGUCAUCGGGGAAAUGCUGCGAAUGGCAAUGAACAUGGACUAUUCGGAUGAGAUGGGUAGACGGAAGAUGUUUUCGCUCGUUCGUAAACUGGUUCAUCCGAGUCUGACGAGGGGAUUUGACGUCUUACGCACGCUCUCAUCAAGUGAACGUGACCUUAUCCGCGUUGUCGUUGAAGUCAUGCACGAGCUUCGCGAUCCUAAGGACACUGAUCAAGAAGAAGAGGAAGAAGUGCCUGCUAGCGUUGCACCAGGGCUGGAAGAUGAUGAUGCUGCUGUCCUUAAUCGCCUUCCACGUAUGCCCGCCCGCGAGAACAUGACGCCCGAAGAACGUGCACGCGCCGACGCCAUAGAUUUACGAUGCCUCUCGCUGUGUAUCGGAAUGCUGGAACGUGUCAAUGGGACGUUUGAAGAAAAUUCCACUUUGGAAGGUAUCCUCGGCGAAUUAAUUAUGCCCGCUGUGAAACGCAAGGAACUUGUUCUUCGCGAGAAGGGGCUCGUCGCGCUGGGAUUAUGCUGCCUCAUCGCUCGCCGUAUGGCUCUCAACUUGUUCCAACUUUUCCUGGGCCAAAUCCAAGCCGCACCCGAGGUUCUCAAGAUCCAAGUCCUGCACAUCGUAUUCGACAUUCUAAUGGUACACGACCGCGAUUUCCUCGGUCGCGAUGACUCUGGAGGCGAUAAAGUGAUUGACUUCCUGCUGCGCAUCCUUUCUGCCGAGGAGAGCGAUCGCGUGCAGGCCGUCCUCGUUAUCGGUCUAGCAAAGCUCGUCCUCGCGGGAAUGGUGGGCGACGAGAAGGUGCUCAAGAGCCUUGUCGCCGCGUACGUCUCGCCCGACACCGUGGACAAUCUGGAGCUGCGCCAACGUUUGUCAUAUUUCCUGCCUGCAUAUUGCUACGCCAGCUGCACGAAUCAGCGUAGGAUGCAGCAGAUCUUAAUACCAAUGUUUGAACAACUAGCAGAGGCAUCGCGCGAUUUGGAUGAGGACCAGGAAAUGGUUACACCACUGCAAAUUGCGGGUAUGAUGACCGAUUGGACGGAUCCAGACAAAGCUUUGUGA